AUGAAGGGGUGGAUAACGUCCACUCUCCUGCUGGGUGCGUCCAUAUGGACCGCUCAGGCGUUAGAGGUCAAAUUAGACCAAACCGACGAAGGCAGACAAAAGUGCAAUGGAAUGUACAGCAAGCACGACUGGGGCGGUCCCGUCGACCCCUUCAUCUCCAUCGUAAUACCCAAAGUCGAAGUCGCCGACGGCCAGGAUCCUAUCAUAUCUCUCCUGAUCUUCGAAUGGAAAGACCAGUCGCUUAUUGGUGCCCCCGAGAGCUCCAACAGUUACGAUUUUAUUUGCAACGCCGACGCCAUCACCCAGGGCUUCUGCGACGAGGCCGAUGCUGGCAAGUUCAUCUUGGCCGCCAACGCAACCGAGCUCAGCAACAACCUCAUGCUUACUCAGGCUGUCCACCUCAAAGACGGCACCACGGUCAACUAUCCUAUCAAGAAGACUGGCUACUUCUGCGUCGAAUCAUAUGGCUACAACACGGACGAGUACAUGGGCGUCGUCGAGUUCCGCGAGGCCUAUGGCGAGCUACCUGCCACACAAAUCCCCAAGCUGCCAUUCUACGGCGGCGUCACCAUCCUGUAUGCCGUAGUCUGCGUUUUCUGGGCUUUCCUGUACUACCAGCAUCGAUAUGACAUCCUUCCCGUGCAGAACUAUAUCACUGCCAUCUUGGCCUUCUUGGUCGUCGAGAUGUUGAUGACGUGGGGGUUUUAUGAUUAUCUGAACAGAAACGGCUCCAACGUUGGUGCCAAGGCUUUGCUCAUUGUCGUGGCCGUCCUGAAUGCUUUUCGAAACUCGUUCUCCUUCUUCCUGCUCUUGAUUGUAUGCAUGGGUUAUGGUGUGGUCAAGCCAUCCCUGGGGAAGACGAUGACAUAUGUAAGAUACCUGGCCAUCGCGCAUUUUGUCUUUGGUCUGGUAUAUGCGAUCACAAGUCUGCUCGUAUCGCCUGACACAGCCAGCCCCUUUGUUCUUCUAAUCGUGCUCCCUCUCGCCGGCACGUUGACGGCUUUCUAUGUCUGGACUCUCAAUUCCCUGAACUUCACUCUCAAGGACUUGCGAGAACGCAAGCAGAGCGUCAAGGAGGCCAUGUACAAGAAGCUUUGGUGGUGCAUUUUGAUCUCUAUCAUGGUCAUCUUCGGCUUUUUCUUCUUCAACUCCUUCUCUUUUGCCUCGGCAACAGACCCUGACUACGUGCCCUUCCACUGGAAGUCAAGAUGGUUCAUCCUUGACGGCUGGCUCAACCUGGUCUACUUUGCCGAUGUCGCCUGGAUUGCCUACGUCUGGAGACCGACGGCCAACAACAGGCGUUUUGCCAUGAGCGAUGAAAUCGCCCAAGAUGAGGAUGGCGGGUUCGAGUUCGCAGAUGUCGGCAACCCCGAUGACUCGGAUGAGGACGAGGAGGCCAUUAUUGGAACCAAACCUCCAGCUCAGCGACAGCAGAGCCAGGCAUCAUCAUAUGCCGCGCCAUCAGGGCCCCCGCCGAACCACCAGCAGUCCGGACAGGCAAAAUCCAUAAGUCCGAGAGACUCAUUUGAUGACGGCGAAACUAUUUUCGCGGUGGGCGAGGAUGGCGACAAAUUCAGUGACGAUGAUGAGGACGACGAGGAAAGGUCAAAACUAGUGCCAGGAAAGAAAUAG